AUGCUGAAUGGAGGCCGCCCUGACUGGGGCCGGAGCAAUCACGGCUCCCCCCAAAGAUCCGGCAAACGGCCACUGUCAUACCCCCAGGACGCAGGGCUGUCCCCUGCACCAUCCACGCUCCAAUUAACCACCCCUCAAGGAAGGGACAAGGGGACGCGCUACUGCCUCCCACGUUUGCCCCCACCUACUUGGACCCCUAGGCACCACCGCAACCUCCCAACUGACACUGCACACCGCGGGAUCCACUCGGCCCGGGGCGGGAAAGGAUCCCCACCCGGAGGGGGUGACACUCUGGGGUCCAGCCGGCGAUCCGCGCCGAGGACCAAGGAGGAUGUCCAGGUAGAAAGAGAGAAGGCGGAAGCAGGAGAAUGCCAAGAAGCUGGCAUGGGACUGAGCCCCGACCCGCCUACCCCCACAACCGACAGCCCAGACGAAGAGGAGGCCCCGGCCCACCUCUCGCUCAAUCUGCGCUUCGAUCCCAUUCUCUCACCCUCAAGACAAGAAAGCUGGACAGAUGAAAUUGAUGUCGGAGGCUGCUCGCAGCACAGCCAUGCAGGCUGUUCACCUCUUGAGCGCCAUUCAUCACGCCACUCCUUCUGCUCCUCUUACUCCGAGGCCUCCUGGUCCCAAGAGGGCAUCCGGGCCGAGUUCAUAACACGCGAGCGGGCGGGUCGACGGUGGCCCUAUUUGUUCUACCUGCUCUUUGAUGUAGAGGACAUUGUGAGCGCGAUGGCGUCCAACUCGGCGACUGCUCCCUCUGAGACCAACCUAAAUUUUACCAGAGCAAGUGUACCAUAUUGGUACUGUAAAAGCAGAGACUGCCAAGAAAUUUGCGUCCGCGGUGAAAGCCAGCAGCAUGGCGCGUCCGGCACGCUGCCGCGCUUCGUGGAGGAGCCGGCGGACGCGUACAUCAUCAAGAGCAACCCCAUCAAGCUCCGGUGCCAGGCCAGGCCCGCCCUGCAGAUCUUCUUUAAGUGCAACGGCGAGUGGGUCCAUCAAAGCCAGCACACAUCUCGUGAGCACACCGACCUAGGAACAGGGCUGAAGAUCCGCGAGGUGAUGAUCAACGUGUCCCGUCAGCAGGUGGAGGACUUCCACGGUCCGGAGGACUACUGGUGCCUCUGCGUCGCUUGGAGCCACCUCGGAACAUCCAAAAGUCGCAAGGCUUCCGUGCGGAUCGCCUACCUGAGGAAAAACUUUGAGCAAGACCCUCAAGGCUUGGAGGUGCCCCUGAGCGGCAUGAUCGUGCUGCAUUGUCGGCCACCAGAUGGCGUGCCUGCAGCGCAGGUUGAAUGGCUGAAAAACGACGAGUUUUUGAGCAUCGGCAGCGGUGUCACAGAUGCUAAAGGUGACCACCGACUGGUCAUCUCUCAGGCGCACCUCUCCGAUUCCGGAAACUACACCUGUAUCGCCAGCAACAUCGUAGCCAAGCGACGCAGUUCCACAGCUGCAGUCGUCGUCUUUGUAAAUGGCGGCUGGUCCUCGUGGAGCGAUUGGUCAGCAUGCAGCGUGCGUUGUGGCCGCGGCGUCCACAAACGCUCACGCACGUGCACCAACCCGGCGCCACUCAAUGGCGGAUCCUUUUGCGACGGAGCGUCUGUGCAGAAAAGCGCUUGCACUGCGUCAUGUCCAGUGGACGGCGGCUGGGGCACGUGGACCGAGUGGUCGGCAUGCGAUGGCGAUUGCGAGAGAAGAAGGAGCCGUGAGUGCACGGCACCAGAACCUAAGCACGGCGGACGGCUGUGUGACGGCGUGGCGCUAGCUACCGACAAUUGCACCGGAGGGCUUUGCACGCAAAAUGGAAAAUUGCAACGGGAUGCCAAACCACAAGGCGUAGUGGAGAGUGGCGUUGGCAGCAUCGGCGGCGGCGGCGGCGGGAGUGACGUGGCGCUCUACUCCGGCUUGGCGGCCGGCGCGGCCACAGUGGCUUUGCUGAUCGUGGGUGUCACCGUGUACCGACGAAGCCGCAGAGACUACGGCGUGGAUGUCAUUGACUCAUCCGCCCUCUCCGGAGGUUUCCAGUCCUUCAACUUCAAGACGUCGCGGCAAGGCAACCCUCUGCUGAUCCACUCGUCGCUGCAGCCUGACUUGAGCGUGUCUCGCACAUACACCAGCCCCAUGUGCUUUCACGACGCCAUGGACAAAGAGCUGCUGGACCCCCUCCCCGAUAUCAAGAUCAAAGGGAUCACAGAGGGUCCAGACUUCCACCCCCAGACGUUCCCAAGGGGCCUCUCUCCAGACUACCGGGGCGUCGUUCCGGGUGCCACGCUGGGCCGGGGCGAGAGGAACUUCUUCGGCCCACAGGGGGCGCCGGCACCCGCGGUCAGGCCACGACACAAAGCCACGGCCGUGUUGGGGCACGCUGGGGGACGCCUAGUGGUGCCAAACACAGGUGUGAGUCUUCUGGUGCCCGUCGGGGGGAUAGCUCAUGACACCACAUGGGAAACCAGUGUCAUCGUCAACCAGGAGGACAGCAGCUCGGCAUUGGGCGAAGGAUCGGAGAUUUUCUUGAGUCCCGCCGUCACGUACGGCCCGCCGGGGCUGGCCCUAUCCUGCCCGGCGGUCCUGACCGUGCCCCACUGCGCGGAGGCGGCCGGUGACCACUGGAUCACGCGACUGAAGAGGCAGACGCAGGACCGCAAGUGGGAGGACGUGAUGUGCGUGCAAGAGGAGUGCACUUCCUGCUACUGCCUGCUGGAGGAGCAGCGCUGCCACAUGCUGCUCGAGCGGCCCGGUCGCUACGCCCUGGUGGGCGAACCACUUCGACCGCACGCCGCCAAGCGCCUGCGACUGGCCGCCUUCGGAAGCCACGACGCCGCCAAGCCGAUGGGCUUCAUCCUCAGGGUCUACUGCGUGGACGACACGCCGCACGCCUUCCAGGAGGUGGCGGCGGGCGAGCGCGUCCGAGGCGGGCGCCUGCUGGAGGAGCCCAAAGUGUUGUCGUUCCGUGGGAAUGCUCUGAGCCUGCAGGUGAAUAUCCAGGAUGUCCCGCAGAUGUUGUGGAACAUCAAGCCUUUCACCACCUGCCAGGAGUUCUCCUUCUGUCAGGUGUGGUGGGGCAAACAGCGCCCCCUGCACUGUGCCUUCUCCCUGGAGCGUAACAGCGCCUCCUCCUCCCCUUCGUCUCCCCUCUCGUGUAAGAUCAGCGUGCGUCAGGUUCAAGGUGAAGAGCACAUCCUUCAGGUCUACACGACAGUGCAGCCCGAGAACGCCAAGUUAGCGUUCCCGAUCUCCUGUGAAUCGGACUGUUCCGUCACCUCGCAGACGGGAUCACGGGCCUUCAAGAUCCCGCUCUCCAUCCGCCAGAGGAUCAGCGCCACCUUCGACGGCACCAACGCCAAGGGAAAAGACUGGCGCCUCUUAGCCCAGAAGCUACACGUGGACAGGAACCUGGGCUACUUCGCCUGCCACGAAAGUCCAGCAUCAGUGAUCCUGAGCUUGUGGGAGGCGCAACAGCAAGACUCUGCCGACCUGGACUCCCUGGCCAGCGCCUUGGAGGAGAUCGGUCGAGUGCAGUCGCCGACCGGGGGUGCGGGCAAGGACACGCGAGAUUCGCUAAACUCGGCAAGGACUGCAGAUUGA